AUGGCAGAGGUACUGGACAAGAACGACAUCGGGUUAUGGACAGCAGGCAACUAUGGACAUGUGGUUUGGGCGACCAAAGUGUCGUGUUUGUCCCUAGGCAUGGGAGAUACGGAAGGAUAUCUGAUUGAAUAUGUUAUCAAAGGUGUUCCUAAUCUAUUGAAGGACCACCUCAAGUGCGAAUACGCAGAUUGGGAUGAGUUUCUGGAAGAUGUGCAGAGUGUCUCGAGCGUCAAACUCAAGAGAGGUCGAGAAGACUUGAACAAGGAGCGGGCCAGGGACAUGGAUAUCGCAAGAUUGAAGGCGCAACCAUCAUUAACAUCCCUCCAGUACCAGUUCUCUCAAAUGUCGACGAAUGGUCAACGGUCUAACCCACCAGCGUAUCAAACCUCAAUGCGCAUACCAACACUACCUAUCCAGUCAGCAGUCCAACCGAAUGCAGCAGGAGUCAUAUACCCCGUGUUGAACCCAACCCCACCAAUGACAGCACCAAAUAACCAGGUCAUGCCCAUGGGAGCAGGACGAGGAGCAGGAUUUGGGAUGAGGGGGGCACCGUUCAUGCGGAUGCAGUUAACCAGAGUGCAAAUCAUGGAGAAGUUAGCCAUGAUGCCCCAGAGAGCCAAUACAGAGGCUGGAGUACGCCAGUACGAAGCAGAUAUUGAGCUAUGGCAUCGCAACCACGGGGUAGAAGGAUUCCCAACCCUUGACAAACCAUAUCCGCUCCGUCCAGGCAAGGCACUUAGCGGCUCUGGGGAAUGUUACAGUUGCAGCAUGGUCACAGACCCACUGCAUGUGGGUGCCCAGUGCAUCGCACAAGAGCACCUAAGGUCACAGGAGUCUCGUUGGCGACAGCAAGUUGCAGGUCUACUCAGACGCACUGCAUUGCCGACAAAUCGCCUAGCAUAUUCAACAGCCCCGGUUCAGUAUGUGGCCCCAGCAACACACCCUUAUUACGGCUCAUAUGGAACAUCACUCCCAGCUCUGGUUUACUUAGUGGUGCAACAAGAGGAGCAUAGUGGAUGGGAUGGGCAAGAUGUGUGGACCACGCAAGAAUCAGGGUAUGAUUGGGGGAUGGAAAAUUAUGUGGGACCGCUGCUGCAGAUGGACCAGCAGUAG